AUGUCCUUCAGCACCGCCCUGCAGUCGCUGCGCUUGCCAGUAGCUAGGUCGGUCGCAACGGUUCACCACCACCGAACAGCUGUUUCAGCCACUUCGGCAUCAUUCUCGAAUCGCAAAAGCAAAAUCACUCACCGAUCGCUCUCGUCUGCAACUACAAGCAGCGCCAGUCAGUCGUCACGACCGCACGCACCGCACGGACGUCUUGACCAACGCACUGCAGGACCGUCUCGGUGCUUCUGUACAUCGCAUCGACUGCAGAAGGCAUCGGAGCUUCCUCUGGAAGAGCUGCAUUAUCAACGUUCUCUCGAUUCUUACCGACCAGCUGCUCAUGAGUUUUGGCAACACGGUGACACUUCUCAAUCGCUCGUCCCAGCUGCGGGACGAUCAUGCCGUACCGGUCACCAUAGUGCAGUACCGGCACGGUCAAUACGAGAUCUGAUUAGCGACGAUCAUCACCAGUCUUCUUUGCACAAUUCGUCCUACAACGACUUUUUCACAUCUUCGGUGCGACAAAACACAGAGCCUGACACCGCUGACUCUCCACCUCCGCCAACCGCCGGUCAGGACGCCAACUUACGGCUAACAUACAUCGACUCUUUAGAACGUCCAAAACUUGAGGCUUUUGAGAACCGGGUCCGGCUCCUCAUACGAUCCGGCGAGCGCUCCUUGCCAGCUUUGUGCGCCGAAAUAGGCGUGUGCAGGCCAGAACAUCGAGAACAACUCUGCUGCCACAUCAUGUCGCAAUGUGUCAAGCAGUCUCAGGAUGCACAUAUAGUAUGGGAUCUCUAUCGAUCCUGGACGACUACUCGGCUUACCGACACUGCUGACUCUCAAUCAACACGCUCCGUGCUCCGCCGCAUGCAAGGUAACGCGCUCUACCGAUGCGCCACCUAUCUACAAGCUGCCGGAUUGAACCGUCAAGCAGCCACAAUUGCAGCUGAUGAGCGACUCAAACCUUCUCAAUCUCGGUACUUGCUAGAACGAUUGAUCUACGAUCUCAAGCUACCAAGCGCGGUAAAUACAAUGCAACAAGAUUUCGAUCGGGAAACGGCCCCCUUUUCGGUGCCGACAGCCACCAUCCAAAUUUCAACAGCCUCGUUUGCAGCCGCUGAUUCGCGGCUUACAGUUCGCAAGAUGUGUGAUGCCAUGAUCAACCUGACGGCAGACGGCGUCACGUUCAAGCGCAAAACGGUCAAUCGCAUGUUCAAGUUGCUUUGUCUGACGCGAGCAAGGAGUCACGUUGUUCGUCUUUUGCGAGUCGCACAACGACGCGCACAGAUCGAUUCACAGCAUCUUGACCUGAAGACAGGCGCAAGGUACGACGGUGGUCUACGAACAGCAGGAGGCUUCUCUCGCUUGCGGCCGAAGACGUGCAGACUGCCGCAAGUGGUGUCUUCCAAAGUCAUGGAAGAGUCCCUGCGUUUGCUGUGCACACAGGACUCGAGCGGCGCCAGGACAGCGUAUGAAGUACUCGUCGCUCUCGACGCAUCGCAAAGAACACCCGUCAUGUACGAUACGCUCAUGACCGUGUAUGGCAACGCCCCCAUCACUCGCACUGGAUCGACGGCAAUCGACGCGUCAAGCAUCAGCAGCAGCAACGCCAGCGUCGGCUAUACCAAGGUUGACGAACAGCUUUGGCGCGAGAUCUGUACAUUUGAUCACAUCGGUGGACCGACUCUGCACACCAUGUCGGCACGCAUUAUUUGCCAUGCGCGUAAACGCAGAAUGGAUCUGAUCAAAUCGGAUCUCAACUUUGUUCGCACGAGCAAGUUGGGCAGCAUCCAUGACUUGAACGAGAAUGCCAAGCUCAGCAUUGUACGCUGCUGCAUCGAGACUGGUUCGCUCCUGGUUGGGUUUCGAUAUGCAUCGACGUUGUUGUCCCCGGCGAUUGCUGCAGGGAAUGAGCGGUUUCAGUCGAAAAUGAUCGCUACAUUGUUGCGUGCUGCACAGCACAUCCACAUCACACUUCCAUCCACAUUGCCGACGUCCGUUUCCAAGUCAUCCUCAUCGUCGCCAUCACGCGCUCAACUACUCAAACGUUUCCUGCGACACUUUUCGCACCUCUAUCGAAAGAUGAGCGUGCUACAACCGGACAUGCAGACGCUCAACCUCUUCAUUCAGCUGCUCGACAGGCACCAGGCAUGGAUCAAACCAUCGACGCUAUGGAACAUGUUGCGCUUGAUUGCUGCGUAUUUCAAGCAAGGCGACCAGAGGCUGAUCAACGUGCUAGAGGCGUUUGUAGAGGCGUUUGAGAGAAGGGAUGAUAUGUGCUCGGCGCAAGAGCUGCGCGGGUUGCUCAGCAAAUUGCGGCAGGCGCAGAGUGGAUGA